GUCACGCAGAGUGAGGUGCUCUGGCCUGGGGCGUGGCGUCCCCUUUGAGCGCGGGCGGAAGCUGAUAGUGAAGGACGUGUGGACCCCGGAAACCGGGUGAAACUCGCAGGCCUACAGCUUCGGCCUCCUUGGGGCAGCGCUGACCUCAGGGGCUCAGGAGUGACGCCGCAGGCCAAGAAGUUGCGGCCAGCCUGCUGGGGAUGCGGGCCUGAGUGUGCGAGAGACCAAAUAAACCGCUUGGAUGUGGAAGGAGUCCGGAACCGGAUCGCCUGAGUACAGACCCCGGCUCACUGCUAGCUAGCGUCUUAUAAGUCUUGGCAAUUAUUCUUGAAGUUCAAGCUAGCCAGCAAUUACUUUAUUUGGGAAAUAACACGAAGAAGAAUGAUACCAAUUUUUAACUUACUAGCAACUGUCUAUUUCAGUUGGGUACUCAAGGCUCCCCGGGGCACCCCAAGAAUCCAUGAGAUCUACACACCCAUCAAUUGGGUGGACUGUGGUUAUGGUUUGAGAACCCGCCAGCAGUCAUUGUUACUUAUUGCAGGCUUUCUGAGGGCAGGGACAGUGUUCUUCACAAGAUGCCAUCUGGUCUAUUUCUGGUACCGGCUCACCAGAGAGCAGAAGCUAGGUUUCGAGGCAGCGUACAGAGCAGGAUGCGAAUGUGAAAUUCAGCCCUGUCUCAUCUGCAAGCGUGACUGUCCUCAGCCUGACUUCAGAGAGUGUGUGUGGACACAGAAGGACUGUGACUACAAAAUAUGGGAAGGAAACCAUUCCCAGUACUCCAUGUGUGUCCCCUCCAUGACUGGCAAUUGCGAAUGGACCCCUAUCCAGAAGAGCUAUCAAUACCAAACCCCAACUCCAGAGGACUCUCUACUCACUCAAAAUGACAUAGUAGGGUUUUAGUAUUGUUUCCUCACCUGGCUGAUGUUAACGGAAUGGAGUUCCUUUUCUACACCUCCUUCGAAUUGUACACUUCAGUUUUGUUUACUUUCUGUAAGUAGCGUAUGCAUCAAUAAAAUUAACAAAAAUAAAGCUCAAGUUUAUA